AUGUCUUUAGAUGAACCUUCCUCAUAUAAGGAAGCUAGUACUAACCCCUUGUGGCAGCAAGCAAUGAAUGAUGAACUUCAAGCCUUAGAGAAAACCCAUACUUGGGAUUAUGUUGAUCUACCUCCUGAAACGUUUGUCCCAGUAGCUCGAAUGACAUCUGUCUGUAGUCUGUUAGCCAUUGCUGCUGCCAAACAAUGGCCCCUUCUUCAAAUGGAUGUUAAAAAUGCGUUCCUAAAUGGAACCAUAUCUGAAGAAGUUUACAUGACGCCACCACCUGGCACUACUCCACCACCGCAGAAAGUAUAUAUCCUUCGUCGUGCUCUCUAUGGUCUCAAACAAGCUCCUCGAGCUUGGUUUGCAACAUUUAGCUCCACUAUUACCCAACUUGGGUUCACCUCCAGUACUCAUGAUUCCGCCUUAUUUUCUCGUCAGACAUCUACUAGUAUUGUCCUCUUGCUUUUGUAUGUUGAUGACAUGAUCAUUACAGGAGAUGACCCUCAAGCCAUAUCUGAUUUACAACGUUACCUUGGUCAGCAUUUUGAGAUGAAAGACUUAGGAAAUCUCAACUACUUUCUUGGUCUUGAGAUCUCAUCGUCACCCAGUGGCUACUAUUUAUCUCAAGCAAAAUAUGCUUCUGACCUCAUCAAUCGAUCUGGUAUUACUGACUCUGCUACAUCCUUAACAUCUUUGGAUCCCAAUGUGUGCCUCACUCCUUUUGAUGGUGUCCCUCUUGAGGACCCCACCUUAUAUCGGCAACUUGUUGGCAGCUUAAUUUACUUAACUGUAACUCGUCCAGAUAUUGCAUAUGUUGUUCACAUUGUUAGUCAGUUCAUGGCUGCUCCUCGCACAAUUCACUUCACUGUCGUUCUUCGUAUUCUUCGCUACAUUAAAGGCACUUUGGGCCAUGGUCUACAGUUCUCCUCCCAAUCAUCUCUGGUUCUCUCUGGAUUCUCUGAUGCUGAUUGGGCAGGUGAUCCUACUGAUCGACGAUCUACAAUUGGUUAUUGCUUUUAUCUAGGUAAUGCUUUUAUCUCCCGGAGAAGCAAGAAACAAUCUGUUGUUUCCCGUUCCAGCACCGAGUCUGAAUAUCGUACUCUAGCUGAUGUCACUUCAGAAUUACUAUGGCUUUGUUGGCUUCUUACUGAUAUGGGGGGCCCCCAGACAUCACCCACUAUUCUUCAUUGUGAUAAUCGAAGUGUUAUUCAGAUUGCACACAGUGAUGUAUUCCAUGAACGAACAAAGCACAUUGAGAAUGAUUGUCACUUUGUUCGCCAUCACCUUUAG